AUGAUUGUAGUAACUCCACAAGAGAUAAUUGACAAGUGUCCAAGUCAGAUAUUAAGCAAGAUAGAGCGAUAUGGGCUCGAUCAAUCGGGAGAUUCAGAUUUUCAAGAUGGCGGUAUCACGACAUUGCAAUCCCCAUCUACAGCAACAACAACAGCAACAACGAAAACAACGAUCCCAAAUCUCAAUCAACUUAUAAAAUCCACCUUGGCGACUUCUGGCAGGCUUCCGUUAAGUGACCAUCGACUGGUGCCACCUCCUUCACAAAGCAUCAGCAUCAACAUCAACGACGUGAUACUUGAUGUAGAGAACCUACCGCAUUAUUCCUGCCUGGUCACGCCGCAGCAGCAGCAACAGCAACAACAACAACAGCAUCGGUAUAAGUAUCAGUACCAUCCCCUAAAUUACGCUGUGGAUCCCAAUGCUGAGCAGUCUCAACGUGUCGAUCUAGAUAGCGAUGAAGGCGUGGAAGAUCCUGACGUGGUUGAGUAUCUUAAAUUCAAGAGGGAUCAUCAAUUGAAGUUUUUGAAGGAGGUUCAACUGAGAGGUUUGGUGUUGAAAGGGAAUGGCGGAGGAGGGAGUGGUGGUGCUGAAGAUGAUGGUGUGAGCGGCCCAAGCAGAGACAGAGACAGAGACAGAGGCAGAGACAGAGGCAGAGGCAGAGGCAGAGAGAGCGGCGUUGGGGUUGGACAGAGUCAAACUAGCAAGUUCAUGAAUUAUUGA